AAUGACUGAAGAUAAUAAGUAUGAUGGUCUAUUUAUGACAAUUAUGUAGUAAACAAAAGAUAUUAAUGUAUUCUUUGAUGCUGCAUUUGGAUUUUUAAGGUAAUAUGAUUUUUUAAUUUUCAAAGACGCCACACUGACUUUUUCUUAGAUUAAAAAUAAGCAGAAAAAGUAAUCACAGAAUCUUGUGCUAAAAACUUCCUUAUAUUUUAAUCAGAAAAAGUUGAUAAAGAUAAGAAGGAGGAAUAAAGAAGAUAAAGAGAAGAAUAAAGAAAAAGAGAAAAAGAGGCAGCUGAAAAAGCUAAAAAAGAAGCAGAAAGACUAUAAUAACAAUAAUUGCUACAAUAAUAACAAGAAAAAUUGGAAUAACAAAAAUAAUAAUAAUAGCAAUAAUAAUAAUAAUAAUUAUAAUAAUAAGAACCAUUAGAUCCAUCAGUACCAGUAUAUUAGCCAGUUUUGAAAGUACCUGAAUAGUUACCUAAAGAACCUGAAAAGAAAGAGGGAGAAGGUGAAGGUGAAGCAAAAGAUGGAGAGAAAAAGGAUGACAACGAGAAACCUCCUAUUGGUAAUGGAGGAAGAACAGAAAGAUAUAUUUGGACUUAAACUCUUGAAGAAGUUUAAGUCUAUAUUCCUAUACCCUCUACAGUUACAAGCAAAUAAUUAACUGUGAAAAUUGAAUCCAGUUCAUUAUUGGUUGGAUUAAAGGGUAUUUAUAUUAAUCAAAUUUACUUUUAGGCUAACCUCCUAUUGUAAAUGGAUAAUUAUUUGAAAAAAUUCAAUCAGAUGAAUCAACAUGGUUAUUAACUGAUGGAGAAAUUUAGGAUUAUAAAGGAAAGUAUAUUCAUAUUUCUAUCACAAAAUAUUCUGGUCAAAUGAAUUGGUGGGCAUGUGUCAUCAAAGGUAAAUUAAAAUUACUAAAUUUAAGGUGAUCUAUAAAUCAAUACUCAAAAGAUUAGUCCAGAACCAUCUUAAUUAUCUGAUUUGGAUGGAGAUACUAGAGGAACUGUUGAAAAAAUGAUGUUUGAUAUGAGACAAAAAUAAAUGGGUUUACCUUCUAGUGAUGAACUUUAAAAGAAGAAUAAAUUAGCUGAAUUUAUGAAAGCUCACCCAGAAAUGGAUUUUUCAAAGUGCAAGUUCAAUUGAG